GCUAGAACGAUGUGUGAGAGGGGGUGGUGAAGACCCCCGUGGGAACGGCUGAGUUUGAACGUGCCGACGGCGCCUGCUAAGAACGAGUGGCUGGUUGAACGCGCACGCCGCAGGCCUUAAGUAUGCGUGCGGUAGCGAUGCUAUCUUCCAGCGCGCAGGCCCUAAUAACGAAUAGAGGUCAUCAGAGAGCCCUCGAUGCUGCUGGUGCUGGCAAAAUCCAUACGGAGUACGUCCUGGUAGUUAUUGCGCGGUCAGCGGUAAUUCGUCCUGCAAAUAGAGAGCGGGGUACCUCAUUUUCACUACGCAUAUAUUCUGCGCGGCGCGCCGCGAAGACGGCGGGGUCACCUGCGGGCGUGUGCUUGAGCUGCGAGCCUUGGGGCGGAAAUGGCACUAACGACUGCGUGCCAGAACUGGGCUUCAAGUUGUACAGCAGCUUAGCACGAUUUUCGAAGUUCUGUCACUUAUGAAAUGAUUCUCCGAAUAUGGGACAGGGAAAAUCGUAGCGCAGAGACGCGUAAAAUAAAUUCAAAUAAGAAACGGACGCGCUCUGGAGGUAUCUUCAGAAACGCGACCGCGAGUGCUAGUUCGCAGUGGUUCGAACGCGCGAGUCGGUGCGACGCGACUCUCGAGGCUCGCGUGCCGUCGGCAUUUUCAAUCUCAGCCGUUCCCACGGGGGUCUUCACCACCCCCCCUCACACAUAGGUCCAGCCUCCCUUCGGGAGGAACGAUUGUCUUCCGCCUCCGAACGUGAGGCUGGUUCACGAGCCUACCUCCACCUCAUCCUCAUCACGAAAGACCGCAUGGUACAUUAUAUCUAUCGACUUAGGUGAGUCGUAACCGGUAAGUUACCUCAUUGGUAUGAUGGCGGCCUGAAGGUAUCCACAUGAAGUGCCAUGGGGACUCGAACUCGCAGGGGUGUCCAUGUUGAAGAUAUGCGUGCUAACUUCGACAGGGUGAUGAUAGACUGAUAGUACACUACACGAUGCGGCGGUCGUGUAGGGGGCCUUUGUGGACAUUGU